UAGACGGUUCACGGUUGUCGGUCGAUUCGCGAGUGUAUUUCUAAGUAUUUUUAACACUGAAAAAAUAAUAUAGAUAGUCUUGAAUUAAAAUAACACUAUUUUGGUGUCUGUUAAUGUUGCGCGCAUGUAUAUUUGGAUCGUGUUGUAGGCAGGUAGGCGAAUAAUCGGCGAAAUGAGAGUUUGUUUAAAUUUUGUAAUAUUGUUUGUGUGCAUUGCAUAUAUUUUUGGUGAUAAAGAAGCUGAAGAGGAUGCUAACAGAAAAAGGAUAAUAGAGCAGUUAACAAGGACUCGUACAGUGUUGCUAGAUGAUUACCAUCUGGUCACUAGGCAGAUCGCCACUGAUGUAUAUAUGUACAGAAAUUAUCGCACUGUCUCGGUUGUUUUCUAUCCUAUAAUGAGGGAUGUCACGGAAGCCCGUUUCACAUUUCAAUCUGAGGAACUCCACUUGAAUAACAUUGGAUCAUGCGAUCCCCAAGAAGUUAUCAUAAACAUAAAACACGGCUCGUAUCCGGCAGUCAAUCCUGACGGGUACGGCUUUCCAAAGGACUUCAUAGAUCCAGCGACCAGAGAACCGGUGCACACACAAGAACUGCUGUCAGACGGAAAGAACAGGACUUAUACGAUAGAGAACCCGAAACCAGGGAACUGGUACGCACUCAUCUAUAUAAAAUGGGAGGAUCCGAGGACGCAGAAAGUUGAACAGCAAGGUCUCGUUGCCAAUUGUCAAACGAUCCUAUACACUGACUUGCAAGUCCAACGCGAGGAGAACGUAGAGCUAAUAGACUGUUACACGGGGAUCACGGAGCUGAACUAUGAUGAGCUGCCGGCAUACUUCAAAUGUAUGACCUUAGACAACGUCGACCCCAUCAGCCUGAACGUCACCAUCGUCAACACCACAGCCUCCGACAAAGAGCUCUUCGUCAGAGUACAGGCUCUCUCCUUCCCCACAGAGGAGAACUACCUCAUAUACUGCGCUUUCAACCCAAAAGGAAACAACAUACAAACUAUCACCUUCAUCCCCAACCCAAACGCCUGGCACUACAUCCAUAUAGGAGAAGCUACAGGCAAUGUCACCAGGAUAGCUGACUGCGAAUCCUACUUCACCAGAUCAGACGUUGACGAACUCAUUAAUCACACGGUUAUCGACCUUAUGCGCGACGAUAAAGGACGCUUUUUCACUUUCGAUUACGGUCUCCCGACAACCGAUCUCCAAGAUGCAACCAGUCUUGUCAACAUCACAUCUUCAGAAAUAAAGUCUUUAAGGUUCAAAGUCAAUCAAUUUUUGGACAUCGGAGGCAGCUUGACUAUAGCGUCGAGCCUUCUUAUGAGUUUGAAAUACUAUAUGGGGUACAGGCGGGAGUUCGCAAAGGAUGCAUUGUUAGCGUUCACCGAAGACAACCAGUUUUUCAAGGCCGUGAUAUGUAUGGAUAUCGGUCAUGCGAGUAUACCAUUAGAGAGUGGUCACUGUCGGUACAACGAUAAGGUGAAGCCGGCAUUGUUCGUAUUGAACAGUACGGACUCUGAGUCUAUUUAUGACAAGACGUUCAUUCCUUAUCCUGAUAGUGGCCAUUGGUAUUUGACUUUCCGUAUAUUUUGCGAUCAGGUUGUUUGUCCUUGUCGCACGUCGGAUAACGGAACGAAGUACUACGUGGACACGUCUGCAGAUAAGGAUGGUGAAGGGGGUGUGUUAGAGGGGAAUGACACGAGGGUGGGGACAUCUGAGUGUAACGCGACGAUAGUCCUGACUGUGUCGUCGAUGUCGUGUGUAGGGGGGAAGUGCAGUAACCACGGGAGCUGCUUGCUGAACACUUUCGGUGGGCUGGUGAUGUCCUUCUGUUCCUGUUCGGCUGGAUACGGCGGUUGGGACUGUUCAGAUAACUCAAGAAUGGACAGCAGAGUCUACAUGCUUGUGUCCAUCCUCCUGCUCACGCUGAGCAACCUCCUCUUCUUCUUCUCCAUCUACGUAGCGGUCAUACGCACAUACUACACGGAAGCCAUGAUGUACACCUUCACUAUGAUCUUCUCCACUUUCUACCACGCCUGCGACGCCCCCUCCCAAGUCGCCUACUGCAUCGUCAAAGGUAACAUUCUCCAGUUUGGAGACUUCUACUGCGGACUAAUGUCAUUCUGGGUAACUUUACUCGCUAUGAGCAUAAUAGGUGACAAAUUCAGAUCCUCAUUACAACUAAUAGGUGCCAUAAUAAUAGCUUUAUUGACAACGUGGAAUAUGCAUUCGAUUGUCUCAUUCUUACUGCCAGUUGCAGUCGGCGUAGGCGUUUUAUUACUAUCCUGGUAUCUUGACUUUAGAAAAAUUCGUAGUCUAAGAUACCCUAGGACGUAUUACAUCAGAUACUUGCCACUAGGCAUAAUUUUAGUGUCGAUUGGCUUAAUUUGUUACGCUUUUCUACAAACGGAACAGAAUUAUAAGAUUGUACAUUCGAUAUGGCAUAUGAUUAUAGCUUUAAGUGUUGUGUUUUUACUGCCCGAUGUUAAAAGAGGUAGUGAUGUGAAUGCCUUCUUGCCGAGUCAGGACUAUUUUAAGUUGUCUUUUCGUAAAGUGUUUCAAAGAUCUCACCGGCCUACAGCUGUUGAUUAACACAUUGUAAAGUUACCCUUGCCACUAAUUUUGGCGUUCUAACUUUGUUUUAUAGCCUAAAUACUACUAAUACUUGACGUAUAAAUUUUGUAGUUUAAGUAUGGCCAAUGUUUGCCAAUAAGACUGUCGAUUCAAAAGAUUUUUCAGGGAAUUUCUCGAAUUAAGUGUCAUUUAAAAAGUUAUUGUCGCGAACAAAUAUUGAGGUGCAAAGAUUUUUUUAUUUAAUUUAGUUGUAAGUACAAAUAACAAAAGCCUAGUAUUUUUCUACUAGUCACACAAAGUACAGGUUAAUUUUAUACAAGAUGGAUGUCAAUACAACUUUUCGAAGUAUUUUUAUAUGGAGCUGAUAUUAUAAAGAUUUGAGAAGUUUUUCCUCAAAUGUUGGUGGCCAAUAAGCGAACGUCUAAGCGUGACUCGUGCUUUGUAACAAAAAGUCCUUGAAGAUGAAAGUUAGGGGCAUAGAAAUCUCCCUAAUAGAUACUGCUGAAUUUGGUUUGAGAUUGUUUUCACGGUGUUUUGAGGAAGACGCGGGUAGUGCGGGUCGCGACAAGUGCUAUCUUAUUGGUGGAUUCAAGGUCAAUUUAGCAGGGCUUGAAGAUCGAUAAUUAUUAUAAGGAUAUGGAUGGUAUAUAAGGUGAUAUGAGCGCAAAUGCAUGUUUGUUUUGUGAAUAUAAGUAGUUAGACGGAAUCCAUUAGGAGGAUGGUUAGGGAUCAAUGUAUAUAUUUGAUUGUUAGGAAUGCAUGAAAAAAUUGAUGGUCCAAUACAAAUGUCCCAUCUCGAGAUUAAGUAGGUAAGUGAUGUUUUUAACUAUAAGAUUUGACCGAUGUUAUUUUUGACACCGUAAAGCUGAGAAUAAAGUUUAGUAAAUACAUCUUGUUAAUCUGACUGUAUGUGGACUUGUGUUGAUGGCUAUUAGUAUAGGUUGCUUUCCACGGCUUAGUUUGUGAUAUUUUAUAUAAAUGCCUGUUAACAAUAUUUGAGAUUAUUAAACCUUGCAGUUUUUUUUCACUGUUGUAAUACAAUAUUGUAUUAUAUAGCAAAAUAUACAUAUGAUUGACUUGUUUAAGAUCCUAAUUAACUUUUUUUAUACUAUUCCCGCUCUAAGGAUUUUAAUGCUUGUAUCGCGGGGGUUUUACGAACAUUCAAGUCACAUGCACGCGCCAUACACGAGCAAGCAUUCGUGGGCUACCGCUUUUAUGAAAUAGAUAUUAAUGUCCAUUUAUUUACGCGGCAUAGCCCGCUGUAAGAGCUUCAUAUAACGUGAAAUGUAGCCCGCGUUGCAUUCAACCCUGCCCCUCUAGCCAAGUGUUAUUGCUGUUAUCGUAAAGGUGCGGCCUCAUGCAGCCCGUAUUUGUUUGCAGCAACAAAUCUGGUCACAUGACACCAUUUUAAAUUUCCCGCGACUCUAAAAGUUGCUGCUUAAAGUCGCUCGUCGCUCGUUUGCAGCGAAAAAUCUGAUCACGAUGCACCCCUGUGUUGCUGAUCUCCUAACCUUAUUCGCACCCCGUGGCAAUGAUACAAAUGAAGGAAAUAGGAGCCUUUACCUUGUUUGAUUCCAUAAUUUACUCGAAUUUAUUUAUAAACCGUUGCAGCUCCUCACUUAUGUCAACUUGUCUCACCGCGCACUCUCGAUCUUUUCCCAGUGAUAACGCUCAACAUUUUGAGCUUUGUCGCUACAUAUCAUGUGACCAAAUUUGUCGCUGCAAACGAGCCUCAAGCGGCUGCAUCAGGCCGCACCUUUAUGAUACAAAUCUGAUAUGUAAAGGAAGAAGAAAUUAGGUAGGUUGGUAAAAUAAGAUUUUGAUAUUAUAAGGUCGAACAAUGUCACGAUGUAUUAUACUUUUUUUACGUCACAACUUUGUAAUGAUGCUUAUCACCUUGUCUUGCUUGUAUUUUCAUUAUUAUUAUAUUCCUUAGUGAAUUUAAUCUGUUUUUGUUACUUUUUGUAAGUACGGAUUGCGUUAUCUUUAAGCACGUAUAUUUUAUACGUUAUUUACAGAGUUUUUGUAAUGUAUUUUAAUUAUGUUUCUUCGAUUUUUUGGU